CUGACUCGUCAGUCAGAAAGGAGAAUCGAGAAGUUCAAUCCCGAUGCGCUCAAAGGAGCCGGCGAGUUCCUGCCCGCUGUCACCGCUGGCGUUCAGGCGGACGGACGGACGGACAGACUGACGGCAGGCAGCGAGCCAUGAAGUUCUGGCUCCAGAGUUAUCUUGCAUCCCGUGGCGUUGCGGUGCGGGGGCGAGCGAGAAGAAGCAGUACAGUGUAUGUGCAGGCAAAGUUGGGGAAGAUGUCUGGUUUACGCCUCUGAGGGUGCCUGGGUUUUGUGGUGCGUUCUGAUGCUCAGCUCUCCCCUAUACCAGGAUGUGCAGCACUGGAAACCAACACCAACUUCGAUAAACCAUGUAAUUGAGGCAGUUCUGGAUCUCUGAAAGGACUCAGAGUAUCUGCAAUAGUGAAUGUUAUCUGGUGGUGGAUGUGGACUUUAAAACAGUGUGUCUCAACAUCUCAUCCUCAACUAUUUUUAAUCUGAUUGCACUACGAAAGAAAAGCUGCUAAUGGGAUAAAUGUUGAGACUUUACAAGAACUGACUUGAAGUACCGAAAGCCAUUACUAUUAUUAUUAUUAUUACUGUUAUUAAUCAAGAAGAGCUUGAAGCUAAGUCUGUAUCUGACCAGUCGUUAUAAUUCUCACAGUAACAGUCAUGGCAAGUAAACGAAAAUCAACAACACCCUGCAUGGUCUUAGCCAAUGAGCAGGAUCCAGAUCUAGAAAUGGUAUCAGACUUGGAGGAAGGACCACCUGUGCUCACGGCAGCAGAUAACCCUACAGCAGAGAGUGUAACAAGUGAUGAGGAUGUUCAUGAAUAUGUGGAUUCAGACAAUAAGAAAAACACAAAUAAAGUAGAAGGUGGUUAUGAGUGUAAAUACUGUACUUUUCAAACUCCAGAUCUCAAUAUGUUUACUUUUCAUGUGGAUUCAGAACACCCCAACGUAGUAUUAAAUUCAUCCUACGUUUGUUUAGAAUGUAAUUUCCUUACCAAAAGAUAUGAUGCCCUCUCAGAACAUAAUCUGAAGCACCACCCUGGAGAGGAGAAUUUUAAAUUGACUAUGGUGAAACGUAAUAACCAGACAAUCUUUGAACAGACAGUAAAUGAUCUCACUUUUGAUGGGAGUUUUGUUAGAGAAGAAAAUGCUGGACAGGCUGACUCUUCUGAGGUCCCCUCAUCAGGGAUCUCCAUUAGCAAAACUCCUAUCAUGAAAAUGAUGAAAAACAAAUCUGAGGCUAAACGUAUUGCGGUUUUCCACAAUGUAGUUGAUGACAUUCCUGGUGAAGAAAAGGGAACUGAAAAUGAGCCAAACUCUGAAGAAGCAGUAGAAAACCCCCCACCGUCAGUUUCUGAGUCAAAACCAAGCCAUUCAGUUGUUUGCAGUGCUGCAGAUGUGGCUGCUGCAGUAGUGACCCCAGCACCAGUGCUUCAGCCUGGAGUGGCACAGGUUAUAACAGCUGUUACAGCUCCACAGAACUCAAACCUGAUUCCAAAAGUACUAAUACCUGUAAAUAGCAUUCCAGCCUAUAACACUGCUUUGGAUAACAAUCCUCUUUUGCUUAACACCUACAACAAAUUCCCGUAUCCAACCAUGUCAGAAAUCACUGUUCUUUCCUCUCAAGCUAAGUACACAGAAGAGCAGAUUAAAAUAUGGUUUUCUGCCCAGCGUCUGAAACACGGAGUGAGUUGGACGCCAGAGGAGGUGGAGGAAGCAAGGAGGAAACAAUUUAAUGGCACAGUGCAUACUGUGCCACAGACAAUUACUGUUAUUCCAGCACACAUUUCAGCCGCUAGCAAUGGUUUACCUUCAAUUUUACAGACAUGCCAAAUAGUCGGUCAGCCAGGACUUGUUCUCACUCAAGUUGCAGGUACAAAUACGUUACCAGUAACAGCCCCAAUAGCUUUGACUGUAGCAGGAGUCCCAAACCAGACACAGUUACAGAAGAGUCAGAUUCACAGUGCUCAGCCUAUUGCAGAAACCAAACAAGUAGCUGCAAUUCCAGCCCCUCAGCCUAUCAAAAAUGAAUCCACACUGAUGAAUCCUGACUCCUUCGGCAUCCGAGCAAAAAAAACUAAGGAACAACUGGCAGAAUUGAAAGUCAGCUACCUUAAAAACCAGUUUCCUCAAGACUCAGAAAUUGUUAGACUUAUGAAAAUAACAGGCCUCACUAAAGGAGAGAUCAAAAAGUGGUUCAGUGAUACACGCUACAAUCAGAGGAACUCAAAGAAUAAUCAUGGGAUUCAUCUGAACAGUGAUUCAUGUGCCACCAUUGUUAUUGAUUCAAGUGAUGAAAUGAAUGAAUCUCCAACAGGAGUCACUCCACAGAGCAAGUCAUCUUGGGGUACUUUUCCUGAUUUCACCCCACAGAAAUUCAAAGAGAAGACUUCUGAACAGCUGCAAGUCCUCCAAGCAAGUUUUCUUAAUAACUCUGUCCUUACUGAGGAAGAGAUGAAUAGGUUAAGAGCCCAAACAAAACUGACCAGGAGAGAGAUUGAUGCCUGGUUUGCAGAAAAAAGGAAAUCAAAUGUCUUGAAGGAAGAGGGAGCUGACAUAAAUGAAAGCAAUGCUGGCAGCUCAAAAGACGAGUCUGGAGAAACAUCUGUGGGAGAUGGAGCAGCAGGAGCAAAAUCAGGGUGUGCCACUUCAAGCAAAAUAGGCAAAAAAUCACCAGAGCAGUUGCACAUGCUCAAAAGUUCCUUUGUCCGUACUCAGUGGCCAUCUCCACAAGAAUACAACAAGCUGGCAGAAGAAACUGGGCUUCCAAGAUCAGAAAUUGUGAGCUGGUUUGGAGAUACUCGCUAUGCCUGGAAAAAUGGUGGAUUGAAAUGGUAUUACUAUUACCAGAGUGCCAGUGCAAACAGUCUGAAUGGCCAAGGCUUUGCAAGGAAGAGAGGGAGAGGAAGACCAAAAGGGAGGGGGAGAGGGAGGCCUCGAGGGAGGCCUCGGGGAAGCAAGAGGUUAAAUUGCUGGGACAGAGGUGUGUCUGUCAUAAAAUUUAAAACUGGAACAGCAAUCCUGAAGGACUAUUAUAUGAAGCACAAAUUCCUUAAUGAGCAAGACCUUGAUGAACUGGUAGCCAAAUCUCACAUGGGAUAUGAGCAGGUCAGAGAAUGGUUUGCAGAAAGGCAAAGAAGAUUAGAACUUGGAAUAGAGCUGUUUGAUGAGAAUGAGGAGGAAGAAGAAAUGCUGGAUGAUCAGGAGGAUGAGGAAGAAACAGAUGAUAGUGAUACUUGGGAACCCCCCAGACAUGUUAAACGUAAACUUUCAAAAACAGACUGAUGUACAAUUUGGAAUUUGGGGGCCAAAAACCUAUGAAUUAGGUUUGAUGUUACAGUGAAGAGCCAAAUGAUUUUUCAUGGCCUUCAGUUUAGCAAGCAGCUGCUUAGCAUCUUCCUUCCACCUAAGAGUACAUGGGCAAGAUGCUACCUGUGCAGGCAAGAACUGUUUGCUUUGUUGCUACAAGAGAUGAACAUCCUCGUGCCUGGCCUGGGACAGGGGGUUACAAAUCAGAUCAAAUUCAGCUCCUCCUUUUCCACACUACUGAUGGGAAGGUUCAUGUUCAUCAUACACUUGACUGCUUCUCAAUAUUUAAUUGCCUUAUGUUGUUUAAUUCCAAAAAACACAGACACUUUUUUUUGUUGUUGCUGUAAGAGAACAUUGCCUGCGUGUGAAGGAGGAAAACACAAAAAUAUUAGAUGUCUUUUUGCAAACAUCACUUCAUCUGAAAGGUUUCAAGGCUUGGGUUAUUUCUUAAGGAAAGCGUUGAAAACAAAAGAGAAGGGGAAAAGUGUGACAAAAGGAACCAAUGAACCUAGGGGUGAGGAUUGAUUGGUUUAAGAAAAUAAGGUGAUAUCUGCACCUUUUGCAUAUCUUCGGAGUGUUUUGGGUUUACAGAACUUGGACUGAAAUGUUCCUUGUUGAUAAUUAUGAGCUAACUGAAUGAGUCCAAUGCUAGAAGAUGCUUUUUGUUACAGUUAAUCAGUGUAUCCCACAUCAAGCUAAUUUAAAUGCCUGACAGACUUGAUGCAGUUAAUAGUAACACUCAUUUCUACCUUGUGCAUUCUUUCCUUUGUUGGAAAUGGUAUAAGUAUCUAUAUUUCUAGCAAAAAAUAAUAAUUUCUUGAAAUCUGACACUGAGUUUUAAGGUUAACAUAAGACAAAAACUGCCUAAAAGUUUAGAGUUGCUUAGGGGUUUGUAAGAAUACACAGAUAAAGAGAUGAAAAGCAUAUUUUGGUGCUAGUAAGAAAGGUUUUCAAGUAAGUUGUGGCAAUGACAUGAUGUUUAAUUCACAAACAAAAUGAAGUUAUAUGGCUUUUAGAUGCUUAGUAAUUACAAACAUGAUAGUGUUGAAUUGUUCUUCAGUGAUAGCUCAGUCAAGUGAUUUGUGUGCAGGUUUACCUGUAAAACAUCCUAAUUGAACUCAACAUUGUGCUGAUUGCUCCUAGGACUGCUGGGUGGGUGAACACACUUAUUUCUGGAGGGAGGUUGAUCUACCUGAACUGAACUCCAGAAGUAGUUUAAUCUGAUAUAAAACAUUCCCAUCUUAAAUAAGUGUAUAUAAAAUAGAAAAAAAAAGAGCUAUUUGGUGUCAAUACCAUGAAGCCAUAGUGCAGUUUGAAUUAGCAACUUAAGAACAAUGGGCCAAAUUCACACAAAUUAGUUUAGGUGGAUGUUUGGCAUCCUAGAGAACUGAUACUCUGAGGAAGACUACUUUGUAUUCUUACUACUGCCAGCCUGCAUUUUUAGGGAUAAGUUACUUUAUAUUUAGAUGUCAAAAGAGGGUGAUGAAUUGGUGUUGCUGUCACCAGCAUUGCCUGCUUUUACAUUGGCACUAAUGGAACGAAUACUAGCAAUCUCCUUUUGCACAUCUGUCAGCAUCUUCUCUGUAGGCUUCUGCAUCUGAUGACUAAUGAGGACAGAUUAGUGCAGAGAAAAUGGAACCUAAUGUCUCCCCAUCUUCAAGAACCUAUUCUAGAAUUUUAGAAUUAGUCUUUCUUCUGGACUGUGAUAACUGUCAAAAAAACCCAAGAAAGCCCUUUUAGUCAUGAUUUUCUGAAGCAGAGGAGUCCCUGUUAGAUCUGGUUUUCAUAUCUGAUUGUGGGUGAAGCCCAGGCUAAAAUAAGAAAGGGAAUAGUGUCUGACAAAAAAUAUUGUUAACCUCCCAGAUCUUCCUCUCUGGACUCUUGUAGCUGCCCUUUUGCUCACAGAUUGAAUAAGCUCCCUACACUGCAGGAGGAUGUUUCAUAUGAAAGCCAUUUACUGGGUGAGCUCUUCUGACUGUUUUAAGAUUAUUGGAGAGAAAAAGGCAAUAGCUUAGGGUGUAUGUCAUGUAUUGGAUGAUGAAACUAUUCCCUGGCAUCCAAGGCUCAAGUUGGUGAGACACAGUGGCUAGCAUUGCUAGAGAGGAAUAACCAGGAAUCCCUCAAUUUAACUUUGGAGUGGGGCAGAAGCAAACCCAUGUUUGUCAGCAUAUUGCACGAGAGUGUUUGUGACUCUGCAUGUGCAGUGGUACGAGAGAGAUCAAGAUCUGGCCUUUUCAGCAUGGGGUUGGGAGGGAUUCUCAUUUGUGUGGUAAUUGUGUGGAUGAUAGUAAUAGUGUGCUGUUGUAGAUGCCAGCAGAUACAAGACUCAUGCUAGUUUCAAGCUCUGUUGGGAAUACAGGGUCAAAAAUCUCUGCUUGCUGAGUAGGAAAGAACAAAGCUAGAAAGAAAAUAUGCUAUUUUUAAGUUUCCAAAAAUAUUAAACCAAAUCCUUGGGAAUAUGCCUCUAGCAAGAAAAAUCUGGAGUUGGCUUAAUCCUUGAAGUUGACCCAGAAUUAAUUUUCUUAAAAAAAACCCCAAAAACCCAAAGCAACCAAGCAGUCUGUCCAAAUAAAUAUCUCCAUUUUUGUUAUCAGAGACUUAUUUAGGUUAGCUAGGAAUUCU